AUGGCUCUGGUGAUAGUGUUUGCCUUGAUUGUCCUGGGCAUCCUCCAGGCGCAACCGGAGGCCAGAGAUGAGCUGGAUGCGGCUAUGUGCCGGUGCAUGCAGCAGCGUGUGGAGCAGCUGACCCAGGAGAUGGCUCGGCUGCUUGAAGAGAUGAAGCAGAGCCCGCAGAAGCCCAACUGGGUGGCCAGGGGAGCCCUGCUCUUCGCUGCCUUGCAGCAGUGGCAGUUCUGGGCCUUUGCUGGAGGCCUGGUCCUGCUAUUUUGCCUCUGCUGGCAGCUCUGGAAAAGGAGCCAUGAGCCAGGAAGCAGCAGCAAGCGUGGCAGCUCCAGAAGCCUUGAAGAGGAGGAGGAGGAGGAGGAGGAGGAGGAGGAAGAGUGGGAAGACCCAUUACAUACGGAGAGGUUUCUGGACGAGUACACAUUGUGGCCACUGCCGAACAGGCAAAAGACAUGCAAGGUGGUGGAAGAGCUGGUGAACGAACUUCUCGGGGUCUGCCGAAUCCUCUCUGGCAAUGACUUCAUGCCACGGCUGCAGCCAGCUGUCGGGGUGGGCAGCUUCCUAGAAGGCUGGGGUGAUGGUGAAGAAGACCUUGUCUAUUGCCUGCUUGUGCCCCUGAAGCCACCCCCCGGGCACUCCUUCCACCUCGAGCUGGGCACCCAAGAGGAGAUGCUGGUGAGGAACUCCCGCCUGCGUGUGGAACUGGAGUGCCUGUGCACAAGAGAGCGGUGGCUGGGGGACAUGCUCUGCUUCCUCCACCACUCUGAGGACGAGCUGAUGAGCAGUCAGGAAGCCAGCCUCCUACAAACCCUCUGCACUGGCUCGUACCUCGACAGGCAGAAAACCGCCUUCUGGCUCCAGGAGCUGAUGACAGCAGCCUGCAUGGCUGUGCCUCAGGCUGCCACAUGCAAGAUAACGGUGCUGCCCUCCACGCACUUCUGCAAGCUCAAGCUGACCAACACCUCCGAGGGAUCCCUCUCCAUUGAGCUGAUCUUAGCGGUGCAGCAAGACAACUCGGACACGUUCGUGAGCAUGGAGUAG